UCUUUAAUACCUUUUCACUAGUUUACUUUGUCCACCCUACGUACCAAAAAAUGCAAAGGCAAGCAGAAAGGAAAAAUGAGCAAGAAGAAGAAGAAAUUAGGGAACAGAAAGGUGAGGACAAGAAAAAGAACGAAGACGAAAUUCCACUAAUGGCAUUGAACCAUGUGUCGAGACUUUGUAAGGAUGUGGAAAAAUCAGUGGAGUUCUAUACUAAAGUACUUGGGUUUGUGUUGAUUGAGAGGCCACAAGCUUUUGAUUUUGAUGGAGCAUGGUUGUUUAACUAUGGGGUUGGCAUUCAUUUGGUUCAUGCUAAGGAUGAAGAUAGAUUGCCUACUGAUACUCAUGAUAAUGAUAACCUCGACCCCAUGGAUAAUCAUAUUUCUUUCCAGAGCGAAGACAUGGAGGGAAUGGUGCAAAGGUUGGAGCAAUUCAACAUAAAAUACCUAAAGAGAACGGUAGGAGGAGAAGAAGGCGCAGCGAUCGAUCAACUCUUCUUUAAAGAUCCAGAUGGAUUCAUGAUUGAGAUAUGCAAUUGUGAGAAUGUGAAACUCGUCCCUCAACAUUCAAUAGGACGCAUCAACUUCCCUUCUGAUCGUCACAAUCCACCUGUUGAAUUGGGAAAAGAUGAUCCCAAACAUUAAACAAUGCAGCUAGCUACCUUUCUCACUCUCUCUCCCUGGUGUUUUUUUGUACUCAUGAUUUGUUGUUUUCAAUUUGAAUUUUAGCUUAUAAAAUGGUUCUAGUAUUACUCUUUAA